UGUAACGAAUUAACUCUAAGAAAAUGCAAGCUCUCGCUCUAGCAAGUUGGAAACAGUGUAAGAUGAAAGAGCGAGCAUGAGAGAGUCAGGACACAGAGUGUUGAGCAAGAUGCUUCUCUCGCUGCUGCUGCACUGCUUCUGCGUGGCUACUACAGCUUCUGUAUCUAGUGGAGGUCUCGGUGGAUUAUCAGGCGUGACGAGCGAAGCGCGCCCUGAACGACCAUACUUCGACGACGUGUCGCCGCGGAACGUGACAGCGGUCGUCGGUCAAUCGGCCGUGCUGCGGUGCCGCGCUAAGCACAUUGGGAAUCGGACUGUAUCGUGGAUGCGUAAACGCGACCUCCACAUCCUGACGUCCCACAUCUUCACGUACACGGGCGACGCGCGAUUCAGCGUACUCCACCCCGAGCCCUCCGAUGACUGGGACCUGAAGGUGGACUACGUGCAGCCGCGGGACGCCGGCGUCUACGAGUGCCAGAUCAACACGGAGCCGAAGAUCAAUAUGGCGGUGUUUUUGACAGUUGAAGCGGCCGCAGCCUCCAUCUGGGGUUCUCAGGACGUAUAUGUGAAGAAAGGAAGCACAAUAUCUCUGACUUGUUCUGUGAACGUGCACUCUUCGCCACCGUCGAGCGCGUCCGUGCUCUGGUACCACGGCAACUCCGUGGUGGACUUCGACUCGCCCCGCGGCGGCAUCAGCCUCGAGACGGAGAAGACGGAAGGCGGCACCACCAGCAAGCUGCUGGUGACCAAGGCGGCCCUGACCGACUCGGGGAACUACACGUGCGUGCCCAACAACGCGCACCCGGCCUCCGUGUCCGUGCACGUGCUCAAUGGCGAGCACCCUGCCGCCAUGCAAACGAGCAACAGAGCGUCGUCCUACCUCACUGCGCAGCUGAGCUGCGCGGCAGUCACCUAUCUGCUCUCUUCUAUGGCUUGCAGAUGAUCGGCUUAACCGAUACGUUAGAAAAGGAUGGAGCUUCUUCUUUGGCUUC